UACGUGAUAAACAGCAGCAGACGUGUACGUGAAUGAAAGGUGUACAUGAGUUUACAGCUCGCGAUAUUGCGAUUCAAGACAAAUCUGGUCACAGACCUACCAGGACCUGACGAGCUUUUGUGUCAAGAGCUUUGGCCACAGUCACAGACGAAUAUGCCUGAUAUUGACACAAAACAUACUAUAAAGGCUGCUGAUUACAUCUGUAUGGACACACCCAUUACAUACAAUGACCGCAUACCCACUCAUGGUCCUUACGGGCCUGUUGAGGCAGAGAGUGGAGAGUACCUUUACUGCCCCCCUCAGCGCUGGCUACAAAACCUCAAAAAUGGAGCGCUGGUGUUUCUGUAUCACCCGUGUAUUUAUCCAAAAGAAGUGGAGAGAUUAAAGUCUCUUAAAAACUGCUGCAUGGAGACUCUCAGUCUCAUUGAGGUACAGAGGACCGGAGGGAGAACCAGGAAGAGCAGGAUGGUCAUCAAACAAUCCCUGGAAGAAGUGGAACUGAAAGAUGACGUCAAACCAGAUGAAUUUAACACAAAGAGCGCAAAACUGAACCAUACAGACACACUACCACAAAAUAAUACAAAAGAGAUGGCCUCCUUCUCGAUGCUAACUGUUACACAAUCUCUCAGUUCAGCAAAGGACUCUAAGGAGCCUGGAGACAGUGCUAAAGACAAGACAAAGACAAUUGAGAAGCAAUUUCUACAGCAUAAUGUGACUGAAAGACUUAAAUACCACAUAGACAAAAAAACACAUAAGAAAACUAUAAAAGAAGGUAAGAGCCAUCACAUUAAGACUGACACAAAGGAGCAGAUGUCUGGAUCUGAAUGCGUGGAGCUUGGACAGUGUGGAGUCCCAGACUCAAAGUCUCCUCACAUAAGAGGGCCGCUGAGGGGUGAGAGGAUACCCAUACCACAUACAGAUGAGGCUGUGUGGGCAGCAGGCGCUCUGGGAUUCCUCUUGGUGCUCCCCACCCUGUCUGUGCUCCAUACACGCCUCUAUCGCCACUGUCGAUCUUCAGCCAGUCUCUACUGGCACGACAACCAGCAAGACUAUGAGAAUGUGGGUGACAUUAUCCGGAGGAGGCUUAGGAUGGUUGGCCGGAGGAAGAGGAGGAGCAGCCAGAGCAGGAGACAGAUAUCUGCACUGCUGUCUAACUCCAGCAAUGGUGAGAUCUCUGACUAA